AUCUAUGAGAUUGGAUUAUAUGGGAAAUGAUGAUAUAUACGGCAUUCCAACCAAAAAAUUCUAUAUGGAUUCUAUGUUUAUCAGCCCUCACUACAUCAGAGCAAACAAGUGCUUCUGCCCGGAUAACGAAUAUUGCCGAUAUAACGGAACUCUCCCCUUAGGGAAAUGCAUGUUUGGAUUACCUAUAACUUAUUCUAAACCCCACUUUUAUGGCGCUGAUCCAAUUUUUCACGAAAUGAUUAAAGGAUUAAAACCAGAUGCUGAUAAACAUCAGUCUUAUUUUCAUAUUAAUACGAUGUUAGCCGUGCCCCUCCAAGUCAGAGUCUGUAUUCAGAUCAAUUUGAAUGUCAAAACUUCUCGUAAUCUACGGUUGGUAGCGAAUUUGAGAGACAUGAUGCUACCUGUUGCCUGGAUUAAUCUGACUGCUGGAAUAAUGGGAUCUGGACACGAAUGGAAAGUCUUUGUAGGAUUGGUUGGACCUGUUUAUCUAGCAAGAGUCGUAGGUAUUGUCGUUACUUGUGUAGGAAUCAUAAGACUUGGUAAAGCACUCUUCUUGCCUUUGAGAAAAACUAUGUCAUUGGUUUACUUAUUCAACAGUAAGAAAGCUGCUUUACUAGACGACACGCCCAUUGAUACACAAAAGAAACAGUUCAUGAUUCAAAUAAGCCAGAACAAGUGCACUUGA